AUGCUUCCUUCCAGUGCUGGGAAGGAACACACAAAAUUUAUGUAUUUCUAUGAAUAUGAAUCAUUUGUAAAACAGAACUUUCUCUUCACAUUGCAGGAGAGUUUGAAAUAUAAAAAUAAAAAUGUAUUUUUUAUUAUUUUGGUACCUCCAAGGCCUAUGCAGAUGGGAGAAAGGCAAGCCAGUAGAAUAACACAGAGGGUUUAAAAAUCCUGGUGGUGACGGCAGGUUCUAUUACUGUUCUUAAUAGACCAAGAAGAGAAGACAGACAGGUCAGCAGCAAUAUCAGUAGAAGAUGAAAGCAUUCUCUGUAGUGACAUAAUCUGUCAGUAUUUUAGACAUAACCUUACCUUGAAAACAAUCAUGGCACUUAGAUGGGUAUCUGAAUUUUGUCCGAACACUAGAUUGCUCAUAAAGGUGGCUCUUGAUGUCUUCAUCAACACUGGCAACUUAGUGUCUCUUCUAAAACUACAUUCCUCAGAUGACUUUUUCACUGGUUAUCUUCAAAUUGAUAACUUUUCCUACAGAUGGCUUUACAGAAAACUAUAACUAACUCACUCUCAUGAUGAGUAUCUAUUUAAGGCAUAUCCCCCUUACUGUAGUGAACUUGGCUACAUAUUAUAGAAGAAGCUAGGUCAGGUUAUAAAAAUGAUGGGUCAUGUCAAACCCGUAAAGUUUGAAGAUGGUUAUGUUGGCAUUUGCUUAAAUAUAUUAAAAGUUCAUGUCCAUAUUCCUGAUGGCAUACAACUCUUUUUUUUAUACAAAAUUAAUUUUUACAUCUAUAGUGAACUAUCCGGAGAGACCUGA